UGUCAUCGGUUAAUAUUAUUAAUUUCGUAAAUAAAAUUGCAUUUGUCUUAAAUAAUGAACCUUAUACGUUUGUGGAAUAAACGUGGGUCGAUUAUAAAUUUUGAUGCGAUCAGAAAUUUUAACAGACCAUAUGUAAUUGUCCCAGAUAUGUUUUUCCUAAAAAAAUCUACCGGAUGUUGUCCAUAUGUCAGUGAUAAUAAAAAUAUUGAGGAAAUAAAAAAAGUUUUGGUAAUUUAUACCGGGGGUACAAUUGGUAUGACAAAAAAUGAUUAUGGAGUCCUUACACCAGCUUCAAACAAGUUUCUACAGCUAUUAAAAGACAAUCCGCAAACUCAUUCUACUCAUCUAGCUGCAGUUUAUGGAUUUGUUAAUGAGGAACAAUUUUUCUUACCAAAAACGAAAAAUAAUUGUGUCAUCAUGUAUGAGCUUUUACAAUACGAUCCACUUUUGGAUUCCUGUAAUAUGUCUUCUGACAACUGGAUAAAAAUGGCCUGUGAUGUAAAGAAAUAUUAUCAUAUGUAUAAUGGAACAGUUUUUUUGCAUGGUACGGAUACAUUAGCUUACACAGGCUCUGCAUUAUCAUUCCUGUUAGAAGGUCUUCAAAAGCCAGUAAUACUAACAGGAUCACAGAUAUCAAUAUUUGAAACACGCAGUGACGCACUGAGCAACUUCAUUUCUUCAGUAAUCUUAGCUGGUUGCAAUAAUAUUCCAGAAGUUUGUAUUUUUUUCGCAAACAAAUUAAUGAGAGCUAACAGAACAACUAAAAUAAGUUCAAGUCAGUUUGACGCUUUCCACUCUCCUAACUAUCCACUCUUGGCAGAAACUGGGGCAAAACUCGUAGUUAAUCAGUCAUCGCUAUGGGAAUCUACUAAAAAAUCUCUUCAAGUACAACACUCUUUGAAUCCUAACGUGAUUCUUCUCGUGUUGUAUCCUACCAUCACUGCAGCUGUGUUGAAUGGUUUUCUUAAUAAGUCUGUUGCUGGCGUGGUUAUGCGGACUUAUGGUUCCGGAAACAUGUGUUCUACUUGCAAAGAAGUGAUUAAUGUUCUGGAAUGUGCUGUAUCUAGAGAAGUUUUAAUAGUUAAUAUUACUCAGUGUCUUCAUGGUGGGAUAAGCGCUGGUUAUGAAACUGGAGAGAUUCUGUACACAAUUGGAGUUACUCCGGGAUAUGACAUGACUGUAGAAGCUGCAUUUACGAAACUGUGUUACGUGUUAGGCUUCCCGGAGUUAAGCUAUCAAAAGAGAGUUAACCUCAUGAAAGAGAAUAUUCGAGGGGAACUUACAAAGGGAGAAAAUAUUCACAAGGAGGGUUAAAAUUUCCAGUCAUUAUUAUGACCACUUCACUUCUGAGUGUAGGAUUACGGAACUAAAAUUUUAUACUGCUGUAUCUAACCAACUUGAGUACAAUUGUAACA